CCCAAUAGACAAAAACCACGGCGCCAAAAGAAUCUUCUUUCAGUGAGCAAAACCAGAACGUUCUUUCGUCAAUGGCAGAAACUGCAGCGGUUUUCGGUGUUUCAAAUUCAACAAUUCCUUCCCUCUCUCUUCGUCCUACAACCGGAUCCCACACUCCCACCACUUUUACUCGCUCCUUCCUCGCUUCUCCUCCUUCUUUCCCUUACUUGUCUCUUUCCAAUUCACAUUCUCAACUCGCUGUUGUUUCUUCCGACUCCAAGACCACUCAAUUUGAUCUAAGUGCUCCAGAUUUGGACAAUACCGGCGGUGGCGGUGAUAUCAAAGGAAACGGAGACGAUUUCAGCGGAGGAGGAGGUGGUGGUGAAGGAGGAGGCGGAGGAGACGAUAGUGGCAAAGGCGAGGAAGGAUCUGACGGUGAUAAGAGAAAUAUGGCUUUGUCAAUGUCGCAGAAAUUAACUCUAGGUUAUGCUAUUCUCGUUGGAGCGGGUGGUGUAAUGGGCUUUCUGAAGAGUGGCAGCCAGAAGUCACUUUUGGCUGGGGGUUUGUCUUCUGCACUGCUCUUUUAUGUUUUUACCGAGCUACCCGGAAGACCUGUUCUUGCAUCAUCUGUAGGCCUUGGCAUAUCUGCUGCACUUCUUGUGGUGAUGGGUUCUCGUUUCAAGAAAUCAGGGAAGGUCUUUCCGGCAGGUGUUGUGUCACUUGUGUCGUUCAUAAUGACCGGUGGUUACUUGCAUGGAAUUAUGCGUAGUUCGCACUAGAAUGUAAAUAACGGAUGUGAGAUAUCCUGUAAACUUUGCUGAAAACAAUCCCCUCUUGUUAUGAAAUUUGGGGUUUUUGCUGUAGACCCAUGGUUUAUGUUUGUCAUAAAGGUAGACAUUUGUUGUAAAAUAAGGAUGGUAAAUGUGAACUUUCGUUUGGCCGUUGUUUACACACAUUGCUCUUUUUUGUUCC